UUUAUCCGCCUUGUUCGAUGGCGAUGCCUACGGUUAUGAUGUGAGCAUUGGAGUAUGGAGUUAGAAGUUGAUUGUUCGGAAUGUAUCUCGGGACGCCAAUUAUUUGUGGUUUCUCACCAGGAAGUUUAUCAAAUUUGUGCCUUUGAUUUUGACCUUAUUAUUCACUUCGAUCACGUCCGUCUCUGAACUAUUCAUUUCGGUUAUUUCACCUCAGGUUUAGUGUUGUCUGUCAUAUUGACAUGGCGGCGUUUACUUCCACCAAUCAGAGAAACGCUUCGUGCGUUCUGCACUAGAGUAUCAUUCAGCUUGCUGUCCGCGUCGGUUUGCCCCACAAUUACUUCAGUUUUUACGUGUUGAUCAGAUUUUUGUACUCAUUGUCACUAAGCGUAAUGAAUGAACUUUCGAUUCACAAUUAGUGUAUUCUGUUCUAUCGUAAUGAUGUACUUAAGCAAAGCUUUCAAAUAUGCUCGGACGUCACGUGACCUCUCAUAAUGGCGCAAAUUGAACGUUAUACGCUCGUAUGCGGUGGUGAUAAGCUGUGUAAUGUAGUUUUGUUUACAGUCGUUUGUUUUUGUUACCCACGUGUUGACAGUUGAAAAAACUCCCGAAGUCUAAAAUGAUGUCCGCCGGACGGGCCAAGAGGAGAGGCAGGCCUCCUAAGAACCAAGGGCCCGAUAAGCCCAGGAAAUUUCAGUACCAUCUUUUAAAGAAGCCCAAAUACUUGUUGAAUCAAUCAGGGAAAGAGUUUGAUAUUCCUAGUUCCAGGACUAGCACACCUAUUGCAUCAAGAGCCUCAUCGCCUCAUGGUAGUGAUGGUAGUCGGCGCAGCAUCACCCGGAGUGGUCUCAGAGGUAGAGUGAGAGGUAAAUCAAAAGGUGGAGGAAAUACGCGGCGCAGUUACGCCUCUGAAAUUGAUGACAAGAAUUCGGAUUACCACUACGGCUCUGAUUUCGGUGAUGAUGUAAGCGACAAAAGUGAUACGGACCGCAGUGAUAGUGACAUGGAAAGUAGCCAAUUAGAAAUUGAGAAAGAAAGUGAUAGUGAUUACUCCAUUUCUAGUUAUUCAACAGCUGGUACCUACCGCAGGAAAGCGGUCAGUCCUGAACCAAUUUGGCUACAGGAUAGAGAAAUCCCUCCAUUAACUCUACCAAAAUCAUCCGACGACCUUAUGAUUCCCAAAGAAUACGUCAUGCAAGCCUUAUCAAUUUAUGAAGUUCUGAGACACUUUCGAACCCUGGCGCGACUUUCCCCCUUUCGUUUUGAAGAUUUUUGUGCAGCGCUAAUGCAUGCAGAUCAAAGUUAUCUUCUGGCGGAAAUUCAUAUAAUGUUGUUGAAAGCUGUACUGAGGGAGGAAGAAGCACAGCAGACGCAUUUUGGUCCUCUAGAUCAGAAAGACAGUGUGAAUGCAUGUCUUUAUUUUAUUGAUGCCAUGACUUGGCCUGAAAUUCUAAGAUCUUACAUUGAAAGUGACAAAUCCUUCAACGAUGGUCUCCUGCAAGUCAUGCAUUCUGCAGAGUAUCCGUUUACUGAUGUUGAAAAUGUUCUGAAAGUACUGCAGUUUUUAACGGAUGAAUUUUUAGUUACCAAUCCUGUCCGGGAAGAUCUGAUCCAUGAAGGUGGCUUUAUUUAUGAUGACCAUUGUCGAGUUUGUCAUCGUGUCGGUGAUCUGCUUUGUUGCGAAACUUGCCCUGCUGUCUUUCAUCUUGAAUGUGUUGAACCACCCCUUGUUGACGUUCCUCAAGAGGAUUGGCAGUGCAGUCUUUGUAAAGCUCACAAGGUUGUUGGUGUCAUGGAUUGCAUUCCGGAUGUUGAGAAAUCUGGUUUAUUGUCCAGACAGGAGCAUCUAGGCUUUGACCGACAUGGUCGAAAAUAUUGGUUCCUCUCCAGAAGGAUUUUUGUGGAAAGUGAAGAAGGAGAGGCCUGGUAUUACUCAACACCAACCCAGCUAGAUGAAUUAAUGAAUACCUUAGACUCCAAAGAAUUUGAGGCAACAUUGUGCCGAGAAAUUCAAGAUUUUCGGGACGAAAUUGUGCGUCAAAUGGAAAUUACUGAGAAAUUAACAGAACAACACAAGGGAAACAAGAAAUCAUACCUAGAAGUUGAAAAUGCAUUAAUUCUGAAAGGCCGCAAAGAGCGUGAAGAAAGACGUUUAAAAGAAGAAGAGGAAAGGAAGGAAAGGGAGCGCGAGCAGGCAGAAGAGAUGUUACGCAAAGAAAUGAUGCAAGAUGGAGAUCCGGACAACAUUUCUGGCUUAACUGUGGAAAAUACCGAAACAAUUGAAUGUACAACUGUCUCUUCAGAAGGAAUGGAAUUGCCUGAAACUACCACAUCAGUUGCUACUGCAACUUCCACAACUGUUACAAGUGUUGCAACAAGUUCAGGUGAAAAAACAGAAGAUGAAAGCAUGGAUGAUGAUACAGAAGAUAUGACAGGUAGAAAACCUGGCAUAACUACGAGGUCAAAGACAGGUUCUUUGCAACCUCGAACAUUUAACAUGGAAGAUCUCAAAAGGCGAUCAACGACAAUCGCAUCAAAAGAACUUGAGAGAUUUGAUAAAAAAAAAGAUGACAUUUCAACAGAUAAAAUUCUUGGUGACACUAGGCUAACUAGACUGAAAGCGCAGCAAAUUGCCUCGGGAACCCUACUUUUUAAGCUAGGUAUGGAAAACCAGUACAAAACUUACGUAAACCAGUACAGUACCAAUUCCAUUGCACUGAACAAACUUCAGAAAAAUGAAGAACGGGACAAGAAGCGCCAUAUGUCACACAAAUUCUCCUUGACGCAAGCCGCAGAAUUCAAGUGGGUGGGAAGUGUUUAUGGGAGCCGGUCUCAGUUAGUGAGUACUUUGAGAAAUACACUCCUCCAGUUGGAAAGCAAUAUUCCAUCAGCAUUCAUGCACAUCAACUGGUCCCAGCUGCGUAAACCGUGGACUGCUGCUGUGACUGCAUGCAACAAUGCUAGAGAUUUUGCUCGUGCAAUGAUCGUCUUCCAAGCCUGUGUCAAGCCUGUUGUUUAUGCUGCAGUCUGGCACGACCAACUCGGACACGUUAAAUUGCAACGACACACAGCCAUUGAACGUGAAGAGCGAAAACGGAUAGAAAAAAAGGAAAAGAAGGAGAAAGAUGAUGAAGAAGAAAGGAACAGACUUUAUAACUUUGUCAAGUACACCCUCGGUCUGAAACAUCAAGUAUGGAAACAGAAAGGCGAGGAGUACCGUAUCCACGGACAGUGGGGUUGGUUGUGGUUGUCGUCUACAAGGAUCCUAAAGAAACUAGACGCCAGACAGUGUGGACUACGGGCAGGCCCAAAGAUGAUGAUGGUCCAGGUGAAAAACUCUCAAGGGUUGAAAAUCCUCUGUGUGGAACCUAAAGUCUUUGAAGUCAUGCUCAAACUGAAAUCAAGUGAACCAAUGGAAACGGAUCUGGAGGAGAACAAAGAGAAUAAGAGUCUCGAGAAAUUAGCCCUGCAAGCUAUUAUACCUGAAAAUGAACUUAAUGAAGAUGUCUACUAAAGCUGAAGCAAAAAUAAUCAAGGCAGUCAGCGGUAAACCUGACUCAAGUGGCACCUUAAAAAAUGAGCGAAUUUUGGCUAUUGCAAAGAAGAUAAAAAUCCUAAAAGCAGAAUAUGAGUCAUUGAAGAAGAUUUCAUCAGUCAUGAGAUGCUACUCAACUGCAUGUUCACCAAGCAGCCUAGCCAACUGCUACUCCCCGAUCUGUGCCCACACGUACCGCUUACAACAAGAGCUCAUUUCACUCCUGAAAGAAGUAACGGCAGCUAAGCAUAAUGCUGUAGGAGCAACCAAAGGAGGUUCCAUUGUGAUCAGACCAAAAUCAGAAUCUGAGGUUGAAGCAAAUUCUCCUGCUGCUGCUACAAGUUCAACAAUCAGUAGUAGUCAGUUAAUUCCUCUGACACAAUUAAAACCAAGCGGUGUUCGCAAGAAUGAAGCUAAAGAAGAAGUAAGAAUGAUUGCACCAGAAAGUGUAGUAUCCAACACUCCCACAUCUACAUCUGAAAAAAAUGAAACUGGACAAGAGAGUUCUAGUGGAGGUAGUUGUGGGGAUAAAGCUAAAAUCAUAGAUCAAGCAGAAGUUAUCAACAAAACUGACGACUCAGUUUUAACAAAUGAUUCAGAUAAGACAGGAAAUUUAAAUAAAAAUAUAGAAAAAAUCGAGAAUUUUUCUGAAAAAGAGCCUCCAGAUUCAGUUGAAAACAAAGCUAAAACUGAAGAUAAAAAUCAACCUGAAGUUUCAAGCGGGAGCUGGAAUGUAGAUAAAGCUGGAAAGAAGGAUGACGAGGAGAAGACAGAAAAGUCUGAUCAUGAAAUUCAAGAGUCAUCAGUUGCUUCGGCAAAGUCUGAAUUUUCAUCUGUUUCUUUGAUUGAACAACUUUCAGUAACUAGAGAAACGUUAGGAGAAAAAUCCAACUCGACUCGACUCCCUGAAAAUUCAACUGGUGCCAUUGAGACAGAAGUCCAAACAAUCGUUAAAGUGGAGGACAGCGUAGAACCCACCUCAAUAGACAUUAAAAUGGAAGAAUCUGAAAUUAAAAUAGAACCCGUUGAAACUGUAGUAGAGACUUCAGCAGUUGAAAAUGAAGUUGUCAUCGAUGAAACUCAAUCAGUAAAUGCAACCGCUGCAGAAAUCACUCAUAAUACUCUCACUGGUAUCGAGCCACUAGAUACAACAACAGAGGGAAGUGUGAAUACAACCCUAACUGCUCCUGACCUUACAGUAUGCCCAAAUGAGUCCAUCCUGGAGAGUGGAUCAACCAAGGAUGAAAAACAAAUUAACCACUGCUUGAAUGUUUCAAAUGACUUCCCCUUAUCUGUUGCAAGUUCUACCCCAUUUAAAGUAGUUGCAGUCCCAAAGGAAGACAUCGAAGUGCAUGAGACCAAACAUUCAAGUGAAGAUGAACAAAUUGAUGUGAUGAACGUCACUACUGAAUGCAAUGUUAUUACUACACAUACAGUAACAUCUGUGACAACGGAAACAACAACAGUCUCUAAUACAGCAUCUGCAAUCAGGGAAAGCAGUCUGAAUAGUUCCAUUGUUCCUGUUACAUCCGGUGUGCUAAAGAGCCCCCUGACUCCACUGAAAGGCGGACUAGUCAAAUUGGAAGACAAGAAAACAAUUUCAUCAACCAUUUCUACUACCGCCACCACAACAACAACCGUUUCAACAUCACUUAGAUCUGAAAAUGGUAAAAUUUCAAAUGUGUCCACUAGUAACAUAACCACUGUCUCCACCACUGUCACGUCAGAAGAAGGCCGCAUCUAUUCAAAAACCGACACAAGGCAAAAGAUUUAUUUGAAAAAGAUAAUAGCCUCUGCAAUCAGUGACAAAAGGAAAAAACGGGCAGCAGUAAAAUACCCUCUUGUUUCCACAUUUCACACGAAAAGCAAGAAAAAGAGCUUACUUGUUCUACCACAGCAUGAACUACGCAAGGUUGCUCGGAAUGCUGGGCGCAUUCCCGUGUCAGGUUACAGUCAUCUUGCCAAGCCAAAUCAAGCCGUGUGGCCUUAUCCAUGCUCAAGACCACUAUUUAAAACUUGCUGGUUAUUCCGAACAAUAAAUUUCAAAACAAUUGCAGCAGCUGCACUUCAACUUCGUCUGCUGUGGGCCUGUGUGAGAUGGGAUGAUCUGCAGGUGAAGCCACCCCUUAACCAUGAUGGCAAACAUCAAACAACAACGGAAACAGAGAUUAUCACAACUGAAAUUCUGAAGCACAGACACCUGGGGGAAUUCAAUGACCGAACACAAUAUCUUAUCCGCAAAGUUGUCAUCCCGCUGGAGUUACCUAAAACAGUUCGAGAAGUCACCAGUUUUCGAACAGGGCUCAGAAAACGGAAGCGAGAAGAAACUGUGCAAAGCACAGAACCUCAAGUGACAGAAGAGUGGAUUGAUGAAAGUAAAUUAGAUCUAUGGGAAAUCAAGCAAUAUACUGAGAAGAUGGAGAAACAGGCACAAAUGGAAAAGGCAGCCCAGACGCAAGCUGCUCUCCAAAGAGCCAGACCUGCUAUAACUGCUCCUAAGAUUGAAAAUGUCCAAUCAAUCAAAGUCAACCCAGAGGAAAUGAAAGAGAAGUUAGAAAAUCAACUGAAACUGCAACGAGCGCAGCAUGUACAGAAAAGAGUCUCCCUGGAGCCAUUAGCUGUCAAACCAGUCAAUAAUGUCUCCACCCCUCAGCAAGUCAUAAAAAUUAUGCCCAAAACACCUCGUGGCAACACUCCAGCAACUGAUGGCAAAGUGAAACUAGUAACCAAAGUAGCAAUACCACCAGUAUCAAUACCUGGGAAGACUACAUUGACCUCACUUCUUACAAAUAAUUCCAAUGUGGUUACUUCAACACCCAGCAAACCCUUUGUUGGCACACGUCGAAUAUUUAUGACAAAAAGCGCUGAUGGGAAAGCACGAGUUAUUUCUGCUCCCAAUGUGUUAUCCAAGUCAAGUAUUGUGGGAUCAAGCACACCUACUACCAAUGUACAGUCUUUUAUUAAAGUGCAACCUACACCACAACCGCAACAGAGGGUGCAAAUCACCAAAGGACCAGAUGGCAAAAUUCAAGUCAAAGGGCUAAUGCCAGGUCAACAACUGGUGCAAAUGCCUGACGGGAAACUACACGUUCUCAAUACGCAAACAAUAGCUACUGCACAGCCCAAUGCAAUCACGCCUUCACGUGUUGCGCUCACUAGAAUAGCAACAACAACUGCAGCAGUUGUGACGUCCCCUCAACAGCAAACAAUGGUGAUCAAAUCUCAAGGAGCUCCAAUCUCUCCAAAAGUAAACAGCACAGUGCAGUCUACCAACUCAGUGGUAGUGAGUGGUAAUCAAGUAUUCACUUCUCAAAAUCAAUUUGUUGUGGCAACCAACUCUUCACAGCAGCUAUUACAAACGGGUGGUCAACAAGUGGUCGUAAACAAUGCCAGUAAAAACCUUGUUCAGCAACUGGCAGCUGGUAGUGCCACCUUGGCAACCAUUAAUGGACAGCAAGUGUUAAUUCGUUCGGCUUCAGCCGGAGCUGGCCCAACCAUUUUAGGGGCAGGUGGUGCAACUACAACGAUGUUAGGUGGUCAAACUGUGAAAGUUGUUAAAUCUAGUAAUCAGUUUCAACUGCACUCAAGUCCUCCACCUUUGGCACCAACGCCCCCCAUUAACACUUCAAUGUCUGUCGCUGCCUCUUCAUCACCACUUAAAACAACUCCUCAGGUGCCCUGUUCAACACCGACAUCAGCAACUCUUACAGCACCGUCGGCAGCCACAGCACCUGUCCAAAAAGUUGACUCAUUGCCAAACUCUCUUACUGCCGAGCAAGAGAAAACGCUUCUUGUGAAUAGGCCACCAGGUACAAUCAUAAAGAGUAUAACAGCUCAAGUCAUGCAAGGACCUCAGGGCCCCAAAAUUGUGCUACAAGGGCUCCAAGGAUCUGAUUUCUCACCUCAGCAACUGGCUGCAGUGCAGCAGCAGGUUAAGCAGCAGCUUCUCAAAGCCCAAGCUCUAUCAGGAACACAAGGAGUUCUUGGUCCUACUAAGAUCUAUCUGGCGGUCCAGCCUGCCACGCCCCAGACACCACCAAAAGAGUCGCCACCAAUCACCUCUCAACUUGGGACUCAAAUUCUAAACACUGCUCUAACAUCCGGUUCGCAACUAGCAGCCAAGCAACAACAGUCACAACCACAGUUGCAACAGCAGCAGCAAGAACCACCACAACAACAGCAGCAGUUAGAACAACAACAAUUAUUGCAACAACAGCAGCAACAAUUAUUGCAGCAGCAGCAGUUGCAACAACAACGGCAGAUGGACCAGACGCUCAUCCAGGCUGCAUCCAAUGCCACACCUGUCAUGAAACAAGGAACCAAAUUUAUUCUUACACCAGAUUACGUGCAACAAACCAUCAAAAGUGCAUUGAAACAGGAGAACCUCAGUCCGGAGGUGGAAGAGAAACUCCUUCAAUACCAAAGAUACCAAGAAAAGCAAUUGAGAGACUCACCAAACUUGAGAGAUUCACCAAACUCACGAGAAUCUUUCACAUCGAUAUCCCGACCUCAGCAGGUUCAUCAGAUCCAGACACAACAGUCGCCAUCUUCUCCCACCAGAUCAAGCAACAGAAAGCGGCCUACACCUUCAGAAGUAGAAACCGAGUCUCCCAAGAAAAGGCCUGCAAGAUCCCAUGAACAAAAAGAGUCCAAGACUGUUGAAAAGGUAUCCCCUUCAGGACCGAAGGCCCGAGCAGGAAAGUUACAAGAAGAAAAAAAGCGACAGCAAAUUCAGUCAAAAUUGCAGGUGUUGGUCUUUCGGCACAAGGAGCUUUUAAAGAAGGACAUGGUCAAAAAACGUGCUCUUCUUGAAAAAGAAUUUCAAGUUUCGAUACAGAACGAGCUAGCGGAAUACUUAUCACGUAUGAAAACUGAGAGAAUUGAAGUCGAACAGCCGAAACCUGCCACCCAUGUUCAAGGAAGCAGCAAAAGAAAAUCUGCAUCAACUCCUGCAACCACCAUCAGUCCACCUAAGUCAACCUCCAAAGGAAGAAAACACACUUCCAAAGCAAUACACCAGUCACCACCAACUAACACUAAUACCAAAACCAACAAAAAAGAAAAAUUACUCUGUUCGUGUCGGACACCAUAUGAUGAUACCAAAUUUUAUGUUGGGUGUGAUCUGUGCAACAAUUGGUUCCAUGGUGACUGUGUCGGUAUCACGGAAGAGAUGAGCAAAUCUCUAACGGAAUUCAUCUGUAGUGAGUGCAAGCACGCCCGUGAAACACAAGAACUUUAUUGCCUCUGUAAACAACCAUAUGAUGAGUCACAAUUUUAUAUUUGCUGUGAUCGGUGUCAAGAUUGGUUCCAUGGACGAUGUGUUGGAAUCUUGCAAUCUGAAGCUGAUAACAUUGAUGAAUAUAUCUGCCCGAAGUGUCAGAAGAACUCAGAGGUUAAUUUUGCAAACAUGAAAAAUUUGAGUGGUAGAGAUUUUGAAGCUCUGAAAAAAUUGAUAAAACAAAUUCAGGCGCAUAAGAGUGCAUGGCCUUUUAUGGAACCUGUUGAUCCCAUUGAAGCACCAGAUUAUUACAAAGUCAUCAAGGAACCUAUGGAUCUUCAAACCAUUGAAUUGAGGAUUAGUGACAGAAGCUACAAAAAACUGAGUGACUUCAUAGGAGAUAUGACAAAAAUAUUUGAUAAUUGUCGCUACUAUAAUCCAAAAGAAUCCCCAUUCUUUAAAUGUGCUGAAUCUUUGGAGUCAUUCUUUGUCCAAAAAGUGAAAGGGUUGCGGGACAAACUAGCUGAUCAUACCAAAUGAAGUGACUUUAACCUGGAUUAAGGAAAGCCAGGAAACACAUCAUUGUGUUACGUAGAUCGUGAAGUAAGAUGAGUUUUAAAUUAUUCUAUGAUCUUUUUGUAAUUUUGCAGUAAUUUUUGUGGAGGAUAAUGAAUGUACAUUUGUAAGUAAGCCUAUACACCUUUUUAGAUAUUUAUUCACCUAUUUCUCCGUUUUAUCGAUAAAGAUAGUUUUAUUUACUGUAUCCCUCAUUUAUCAAUGCCUGAAAAGAUAAUCCAUUAUUUGUUUGACUUGUCUGAAGAAAUUUUAUUCAACAAUCAUCUAAUUAUUUUAGCAUAAUCCUCUCAUGUUUUACUUUUUCCCCAUUUUUUGGUCUCUGACUCAUUGGUUCAUAUUUGAUUGUAAAUAAAUCAUAAAAUUAUCAACUGAAAUAUUAUAACUGCAUCCAAAGUUUUCCGUCUCCGAAGCCAGUUUUUUUUUUUUUUGCAUGGAAAAAAGGAGGCUCAGCUUUUAUUUUAUUGGAUUACUUUUUGUCCGAUGAAAAUUGUUUUAUUUUUGUGAGGUAUAAUAUUAACUGAAACAGGUCUCUUAUCAGAUUUAAUUAUCCUCAUAAUUUUCAAAGUCUUUGUAAAAAGGAGAGCAAGAAAGUUAAAAUCAAUUCACCUGUCUGUUUAUACUCUGUAGGUAACAGUAUUGCAUGUAAUCUGGUUUUUAGACCUGAUUCAUUCCCCUGAUUACUUCUCCCCAAGAAAGUUUCUCAAACAUAAUGCCACAUUGAUUUCGUCUACACUCAUUAAAGAAUCACCACACUGCGGAUAAACCCGUCAACAGCUUUCAAAAUUCAAAUAUCUCAACUAGGCAUUGGUCUUGUAGGAAGUGUUAAAUCAUUUUUCUAUUAAAAUUAUUCUGAAGUAUAGAAGAAAAUUUUAUUUGUUAAGUAAAUAAUUUGGUUGUUUUAUAAAAGAUUUUAAGCAGCAUCCCUUAUAGUCACCACAGAACAUGACUGAAAGGGUUAAAAAGUAUUGAAAGUGAAAUUGAAGGUUGCUGAAGAAGUUUUAGUCGCUGAAUCUCAACAUUAUCACCAGAUUUCUGAAACAUGAACCAGUCCCUCCAAAAACAAUUGGUUCCGAUUCUUCUUUUUAUUUUUAUUAUUAUUAUUAUUGACAUGUCAAACAAGAAUUGAGGUUACUUGUCAAUACAUUUUAUAACCUUAUUUAAAUUCAUAAGAAGCAUGAUUUAGACAAAUCUUUCACCUAUACUUUUCUAUUUGAAAAAAUUGGAUUAGAUUUACAUGA